GAUACAUAUAUAUAUACACAUACAUAUAUCAAAUUGCUUUGCAAAGAUCAGCCAGCCAGCCAGCCAGCCAGCCAGAUAUUCAGAUAUCCAGAUCUACAAGGAAAAACAAAUAACAACCAGAUUUCAAUAACAUCCCAAAACAAAAACCAGUUAUCCAUCUAUUUCCCACCAAGUAUUCCAAACAUCCAUCUAUUUCAACUACUCACACCCCUCACCUCCUCACAAACCAAUCCAAUGGCGACUCAACGACGAACCCCCCACGACCGCAUCGCAGCCGGCGAAGAAAAAGAAGCAGAAUUCAAACCCGUCGUGGGAGGCAAGAGUAACAUUGCACCUGCUGUUCCGGCACACGUAAUAUUCAAACUCCUCGGAUUCACCCUCGCCAUGAUCGUCGUCCCAAUAGGUUCCUAUUUCCUAACUUUGAAUUAUGUCUAUCGAGGAAACUCCACCUUCGCCGGCGCCACCGCCGCCAUAAUGGCCAACGUCGUCCUCAUCGGCUACGUAAUCGUCGCCAUGAAAGAAGACCAGAGCGAAGCACUUGAAGCCGCCGCGAAGGAAGAGGAAUCCAAAAAGUCUUUGUAGACGAGGAUGUUUUUUCCAAUUCUUAUACAAGAGGAGUCUUAUUCAAGUCUUCCAUGAUACGAGAAUACUUUCCUCCAAGUCUCACAUAAUACGAGAGAGAAGCCUCCCAUCCCAUCCCAUCCUCACACAAGAAAAUUCCCAAAUCAAAUCCCACCCACACAAGAAGAAGAAGAUUUCUAUCCUCGUUCCACGAAGAUAGGAAUUUCAAAAUUUACCCAUCUAUCUACCUAAAAGAAAAGUCUUCCAGGUGCACGUGUUGACAGCUCCUCCAUGAGUUGCCACUUUCUUUCACGGCUCAUCUAUCACCUAUCAUCAUCAUUUAAUUCUACCA